CAAACAAAUCGAUCGAAAUCCCAAUACCAAAAACAAUCAUGAACUGCAAGUCCUUGAUUUUGUGCACCUUUGUGACGGUUGCAGUGUGUCUAGUGCAUUUCGGAAAUGCAAUGCCCGCUAUAAAUCAUUAUACUCAUAAGAGAUUUGAUUCCAUGGGCGGCAUUGAUUUUAUUCAGGUGUGCCUGAAUAACUGCGUCCAGUGCAAGACCAUGCUGGGGGAUUACUUUCAGGGGCAGACGUGUGCCCUAUCCUGCCUCAAGUUCAAGGGCAAAGCCAUCCCAGACUGCGAGGAUAUAGCCUCUAUAGCGCCGUUUCUAAAUGCUCUCGAGUAGAGCGAAGAAGAAGCGCCUCUUGUGCGGUGUGCGGUGUGUGUGGCGAUGUGUGCUUUUAUGGCCUGUGACUCAGGUGUGGAUUUGGGUCAAUGCGAUGCUCAACACGAUGCUCAAGUCUUGGCGAUCUUGGCGGCUGAU